GCUUUAACGAAAUUGAACUUUGAAAAUUUCACUCCUGUUCAAAGUAAAACCAUUGGUCCAUUAACUGUUGGUGAAAAGGGUAUUAUUGCAAGAGCUAAAACUGGUACUGGUAAAACAUUAGCAUUUGGUUUGCCAUUAAUUGAAAAGGCUUUGAAAAGAGAUCCAAGAAGUAAAGAUGUUGUUGGUUUAAUUAUUUCUCCAACUAGAGAUUUAGCUUAUCAAAUUAGAGAUGAACUAAACAAGGUUGUCAGAUCAUUUGAUAGAAAAACUCCACACAUUAAUAUCCAUUGUCUUGUUGGUGCAGAACCAAAAUUUGGACAAAUUAAAGCCUUCACUAGACAUCAAUCUUUCCCACACAUCGUUGUUGCCACUCCAGGUAGAUUGUAUGAUAUGAUGGAAAAUCCUAUGAUUCAAAGAGCAUUAGCUGGUAUUGAAUUCAAAGUUUUAGACGAAGCUGAUAGACUAUUGGAUGAUGGUUUUAAAGAUAGCUUGUUGGAAAUUGAAACUGCUAUCAAGGAUGCUAAAGCUCAAAAUAAUGGUAAACAAGAAAAGACUCUUUUGUUUUCUGCUACUAUUGAUAGAAAUGUUAUGACUUUCGCAGAAGACCUAAUGGGUAACGAUUUGAACUAUAUUGACUGUGUUGACAAAGAUGCUCCAGAAACUCAUGAAAAAGUUGAACAAUCUUUAAUCUCCACUAAUAACUUAUUUGAAAGUUUUACCUCUGCAUGCUUGUUUAUUGAAAAUGAAGCUAAAGCCAACAAAAACUCAAAAGUUGUUGUCUUUUUGCCAACUGUCAAAUGUGUCUCUUACUUCAAGGAAACUUUGGCUCAGUAUUUGAAUACCAAUAAUGUUCGUACUCCAGUUUUUGAAUUACAUGGUAAAUUAAGUCAAUCACAAAGAGAUCGUUCAGUUCGUCAAUUCCGUGAACGUUCUAAAGGUGUGUUGGUUACCUCUGAUGUUGGUGCAAGAGGUAUGGAUUUCCCAGGUGUUACAAAUGUUGUACAAAUUGGUGUUCCAACUGAUACUACCAACUAUGUUCACAGAAUCGGUAGAACUGCUAGAGGUGGUAAAUCAGGUCAAGCUUUAUUGAUUUUAACUAAGGCUGAAGGUCCAUUUGUUAAGGUCUUGUUAGACAGACACAUUAACAUUGCUAAGCAAUAUGCUUACGAAAAAAUUGAAGAAUCCGAGGCUGCCAUUACUGAAGCUUCUGUUGGUGCUAUUCAUAAAUUCUCCCCAGAUGAUGCUAUUGGAUCAUUAUGUGGUUUCUACAACGGUGUUACUAGAAAUUACCGUUUGAAUCUCAAAAGUGUUCUAGCCGAUAUUACUGGUGCAUAUUCCAAUUUGGUUGGUGAACCA